AUGCCGCGUCAAUACGCAAUUGGACGGGCGGAUGAAGCCACCCACCCGGAUUCCGCACGCGCAACCUUGUCCGAAUUUUUGUCAACCUUUAUGUUCGUUUUCGCGGCCGAAGGCUCACUUUUAGCACUAAAUAGGAUGUAUGGGGAUCAUGUAUUGGGAGCUUCGGGGUUGUUAAUGGUGGCGUUGGCACACGCCUUGGCUUUGUUUGCUGCGGUGGCUUCGAGUUUGAAUGUGUCCGGCGGACAUAUUAACCCGGCGGUGACCUUCGGUACUCUUGUCGCGGGCAGAGUUUCGGUGGUUAGGGCCAUAUACUACUGGGUUGCUCAGCUUCUCGGUGCCGUUGUCGCUUCUUUGUUACUUCGCCUAGCUACCGAUGGCAUGAGACCCGUCGGGUUUUCAGUGGCUACAGGUGUCGGAAACUUGAAUGCUGUAAUAAUGGAGGUUGUGCUAACAUUCGGGUUAGUUUACACCGUUUUUGCAACCGCUAUCGACCACAAACGAGGAACAUUGGGAACUAUAGCACCGCUAGCCAUCGCCUUAAUCGUGGGUGCUAAUAUCCUGGUUGGAGGGCCUUUCUCUGGGGCAGCAAUGAAUCCAGCAAGAGCUUUUGGUCCCUCGUUGGUGGGCUGGAGGUGGGAUAACCAUUGGGUGUACUGGAUUGGGCCAUUCAUCGGGGCUGCAAUAGCAGGUUUGAUCUAUGAGUUCGGGAUAAUACAGCCGGAGCAGCCUGUUCACACGCACCAUCAGCCGCUAGCUCCAGAAGAUUACUAG